UUGCAGUAAGUUGCGGGCGGCUGUUGCUGGCGUGGCGGUUGCUGGUCGCGCGCGCAGGGAACUUUAACACGCUGGAUCCCAAAGUCCGUCUCUCUCACCUGCGCAGUUCGGAGCUGCCAUGGAUUUCGCGGCCGGAUUUACUAUCCUAAUCACACUGCCGAUCUUUCUGCAGACGAACGGCCUUUAUAUCUCCAGUAGCAUAGAUUCCCUGCAGCAUGUUCUGGGGGACUAUGGACUGGUAAAGCCCGUUCUGACAGAUGCAGAAGGCCGCUUCGUGUCCCAUGCAGUAUCAGUCGGUCCAGCAGACGGGCAGUUCCGUAGGCGCUGGAGAAGAGAGGCGGCAUCGGCCGACCACGCCCACCAUGAGUCCGGAGGAGACGCCUUUCAGCGCCUCUACUACAACCUCACCGUCUUCGGCCGGGAGUUUCACCUGCGACUUCGCCGCAACGAGCGCCUGGUGGCUCCCGGAGCAAAGAUGGAGUGGCAGGAAUCUGGCGGCUCACGGUUCGAGCCUUUGCAGAGUGGCUGCUUGUAUGUGGGAGACAUUACGGACAUACAGGGAGCAUCGGUGGCUAUCAGUAACUGCGACGGCCUGGCAGGGAUGAUCAGGACGGAGCAAGAGGAGUUUUUCAUUGAGCCGCUGGAAACGGGACAUCAUGUGAUGGAGCGGGAGGAGGAGAGCGGUGGCCGUUCUCAUAUUGUGUACCGUUCAGCUGCUGUGAAGAAGCCUCCUGUUAGCUCACUAGCUGCAAACUUUCACUCCAGAGGUGCUGAUCUGGGGGGUCUGCUGGAACUGGAGACUCUGUAUGAGGGCGUAGAGCGCAGUAUUAACAGGAGCCGACGGGCCCGCAGACAGUCUCCCGAACGGGCCUACAACAUCGAGGUCCUGCUUGGGGUGGACGACUCGGUGGUGCAGUUUCACAAGAAGGAGCGCGUGGAGAAGUACCUCCUCACUCUGAUGAACAUCGUGAACGAGAUCUAUCAUGACAAUUCUCUUGGUGCACGGAUAAAUGUGGUGCUAGUGCGGAUUGUUUUAAUCGAUGCCAAAAAAUCCACGAGCCUCAUUGAGCUGGGCAAUCCUUCUCAGAGUCUGGAGAAUGUGUGUCGCUGGGCUUUCGAACAGCAGAGGAAAGACACUAAUGAUAAAGAAUACCACGAUCAUGCCAUCUUUCUUACACGCCAAGAGUUUGGGCCCACAGGAAUGCAAGGUUAUGCUCCAGUCACAGGCAUGUGUCAUCCUGUGCGGAGCUGCACUCUCAACCAUGAGGACGGUUUCUCUUCUGCGUUUGUGGUGGCGCAUGAAACCGGCCAUGUGUUGGGAAUGGAGCAUGACGGGCAGGGGAACCGCUGUGGAGAUGAGGUGCAGAUGGGGAGCAUCAUGGCCCCGCUGGUGCAGGCUGCUUUCCACCGAUUCCACUGGUCCCGCUGCAGUCAACAGGAAUUGGGCCGAUACCUGCACUCAUAUGAUUGUCUUCGGGAUGACCCGUUCGAGCACACGUGGGAGAAACUUCCACAGCUGCCCGGAGAGGAUUAUUCCAUGAACGAACAGUGUCGCUUUGACUUCGGAGCCGGAUACAUGAUGUGCACAGCGUUUCGGCCCUUCGACCCCUGCAAGCAGCUUUGGUGUGCUCAUCCAGACAAUCCCUUCUUCUGCAAGACCAAGAAAGGGCCGCCAAUCGACGGCACUGAAUGCGACAUUGGGAAGCACUGUUUUAAAGGGCACUGUGUUCAGCUGACUCCAGACAUCAUCAAGCGGGACGGGAGCUGGGGGAUGUGGAGUGAGUUCGGCUCCUGCUCUCGGCCCUGUGGAAGGGGGAUUCAGUUUCGCACACGAGCUUGUGACAAUCCACGUCCAGCAAACGGUGGACGUUUUUGCUCCGGCCCGAGCUAUCAGUUCCAGAUGUGUAACACAAAGGAGUGCGAGGACCCGAACUAUGACUACAGAGCAGAGCAAUGUAGCAUGAUGGACGACAAGUUUGAGUACCAGAAUACCUGGCACCACUGGCUGCCUUAUGAACACCCUGACCCUAAGCAACGCUGCAAACUAUACUGUCAAUCCAAAGAGACGCGAGCUGUAGUGAACAUGCAGACCCUGGUUGAACCUGGGACGCGCUGCUCCUACAAAGACCCCUACAGUGUGUGUGUGUACGGCGACUGUGAGAAAGUGGGCUGUGAUAAUGUGGUUGGAUCAGCUCUGCAAGAAGAUAAAUGUGGCAUUUGUGGAGGAGACGGAACCAAGUGCAAAACUCACAAAUUUAACUUCACCUUUGUAGAAAAGAGAGGUGUCAUUAAAGUGCUUGUAGUUCCCAGAGGAGCGAGACAUCUCUUCAUCCAGGAGCUCAACGGCACUGCUCACAUCUUAGCUGUCAAGAAUAAAGCAUCAGGUGAUUUCUUCCUCAAUUCACAUGGAGAUUAUCCAGAGACGCGCUCAGUCAUUGAAAAAGGUCUAGAAUGGGAGUAUGAGAAUAAAAACAACAAGGACACCAUCCAAACCAACGGCCCACUGAAGAACGAUGUAGUUAUCAUGAUCAGAAUACACGGAUCAGCUAAAGUCAAGCUGUCCAUCAAAUACAUCACUGACAACGACAACGACGGAGCCAAUGAGAACAACAUGGUGCCUGAUAACGCUGUGCCGUAUUCCUGGGUGGUGAAGAGAUGGACACCCUGCUCCAAACCCUGCGGACGAGGCAUUCAGAUGACGCGUUACGGCUGUCGUAAGACUGCAGAGAUGCGGAUGGUUCACCGCAGGUUCUGUGAGAAGCUCAAGCAGCCGCCGCCAAUGUUCAGAGACUGUUACCUGAGAGAGUGUGCGCAGCCCAUAUGGGUGGUUGGAGAGUGGGGUGAAUGCAGUAAAUCUUGUGGUAAAACAGGCACUCAGACUCGCUCUGUGCGCUGCGUUCAGCCUCUGGGAGACGAUAAAGUCAAGUCAAUCCGCAGCCGAUACUGCAAUGACGAGCGUCCAGAGUCCCGCAGAGACUGCAACCGCAACCUGUGUCCUGCAGAGUGGAAGCUUGGCCCAUGGUCACAGUGCUCGGUGUCGUGUGGGAAUGGGACGCAGGAGAGACAAGUUCUCUGUCACACUCGUGAUAACACAAUUGGACUCUGUCUGGACUCCAAACCCGCUGCUUUAAGAGCCUGCAGAAUGGAUCCCUGCCCAAGGAGUACUUCUGGCGACACGCACGGCAACUUCCUGAUCCAGUGGUUGUCGCGCCACGACCCCAAAUACCCGGUGCAGAGGAUGUCAAAGCUGCGCUGUCACGGUGAUCGCUCUGCAUUCUGCCGCAUGGAGAUUUUACAGCAGUACUGCUCUCUGCCGAGCUUCCAGCGCAUGUGCUGCAAGUCCUGCAAGCUUGCCAAUUCCACAAACUCUACAACAACAACAACAACAACAAGCAAAGCACCGUACAAAUCUAAAACAACCACCAAAGUGCGAAUCACAACCACACAAAAUCCCAAACACACCACAACACACACCACCUUUUCAACAAGCACCCCUCAGUUACACACAACUUCAGAUGCAACGACUGCACCCAUUCGCCAAAACACAACAACCCCAUGGUAUAAGCACACAACAGAAGCAUCCACAGAAGAUGGUGAACAUACAUCUAGGACAUAUACAAGUACUUCAGAUGAUUAUGAAUACAAAACAGCACCCAUUUACCAAAAUACCGCAACUCCAUAUUAUAACCACACAAUGGAAACAUCAGCAGAAGAUAAACAUGGAUCUAGUGUGGGCACACCUCGGACAUAUAAAAGUACAUCAGAUACUCAGGAAUACACAAUAGCACACAUUCACCAAAACACUACAACACCAUCUUUUAAGAAUGCAACAGAAACGUCCACAGAAGAUGACGAACAAGCAUCUGGGAUGUAUACAAGUACUUCUGAUACUCCUGAAUACACAUCAGCACCCAUUUUCCAAUACACAUCUCCUAUCUAUGACCACAUAAUGGAAACAUCCACUGAAGAAAAUGGCAGUAUUUCAGUGAGCACACCUUGGGUUUACUCAACAUCUGAAACUCUGGAAUACUCAACAUCCUCUCCUGUGUAUAAUCAUGCUACUGUAGAUCCUCCAGAGCUGAGUGCACUGUUUACUAUUGGUACAGAAUCUGGGAUGUCAUCUAUAUCUGGAAAUGAUAUGGAAAUGAGCACCGAAUUAUCAGUCAGCAUUGCAACCCCAUUGGUUUCCACUAAUAAUGCACUCAUUCCAAGUAGCACCGAUUUCAAAGAGUUUGAUGAAGAGAGCAGCGGCGCACCAAAUGUGGAUAAUGAUACGCUAUCACAGACAACGGCAGAGUAUAUUAGUGAUUUAACGACCUCAGGUGGUAUGGAGGUCAGUCGCAGUGCGUUGACAACUUCUACAACAUCUGUAUCUACAACUUCCAGUACUCUCCAGUCCAGCACAACAGCAUCCAGAAGUGUAGAUAAAGCUGAAGAGAGCACCGAGAGCAAUGCUAUUGAUAUACUGUAUCAUAUAAUCCCACCGGGCAGCAGGUUUCCUCCGAAUAACAUCAUCCCGAGGAGAGGCCGUGUUUUUCUGCGGGAGAAAACGCGGAAUAAACGCAUCCAGGAACUGCUUGAGGAGAAGAGAAACUUUUUGAGACGAAUGAAAAGAGCGCAGGGGAUUUAAACGCAGGUUCUCUUAUAGAGAUUCAGCUGCUUUUUGUUUUUCUCUCGAGUCUUUAUCUUGGUGUUUGGGUCAAGAACUGGAAAAUGGGCAGAAUAUUUUGCAGUAUAUUUCCUCUCUUUUAUUGACGUGGAACAAAACCACUAGCAAAUGUUUGCACAAUUACUUUGAACAUCAAUAACAUCCCUUUAGGAGGUUGGAUCCAUAUUGAAAUCUGAUUCAUGAAAAUAUAUGCAAAUGAAAUGCAAGUUCAAAUAUGGAUGGAUUUCAUAAAUAUACAGUUGAAGUCAGAAUUAUUAGCCAGAAUUAUUCUUUUUUUUCCUUUUAAAAUAUUUUCCUAAUGAUGUUCAACAGAGCAAGGAAAUUUUCACAGUAUGUCUGAUAAUAUUUUUUCUGCUGAAAAAAAGUCUUAUUUGUUUUAUUUCGCCUAGAAUAAAAGCAGUUUUUAAUUUUUUAUGAACCAUUUUAAGGUCAAAAUGAUUAGCCCCUUUAAGCUAAAUAUUUUCUCGAUAGUCUACAGAACAAACUAUCGUUAUACAAUAACUUGCCUAAUUACCCUAACCUGCCUAGUUAACCUAAUUAACCUAGUUAAGCCUUUAUAUGUCACUUUAAGCUGUAUAGAAGUGUCUUGAAAAAUAUCUGGUCAAAUAUUAUUUACUGUCAUCAUGGCAAAGAUAAAAUAAAUCAGUUAUUAGAAAUGGGUUAUUAAAACUAUUAUGUUUAGAAAAGUGUUGAAAAAAAAUCUUCGAUUCGUUAAACAGAAAUUGGGGAAAAAAUAAACAGGAGAGCUAAUAAUUCAGUGUGGGGGGCUAAUAAUUCUGACUUAAACUGUAAAUUAAAUGUCCUUUAAGCAACAUAUGUUUUGAAUUAUUGCAAAAAAAUGCCAGUUUUAUUUUUUAUUUAUUCAACCGUUAGAAUUCAGGCAAUAUAUGAACACAUAUAUAUGUGCAAUAUCACAUGAGUAGCAGUGUGAUAUGGCUGUAUAUGAGCAGUGGUGGGCGAUAUACAGCCACAUCACACUGCUACUCGUAUGAUAUUUCGUUUAUAGAACAGUUUGAUGGCAUAAUCAUGAAUAUAAAAAUGAAAAUCAAACACAGAGAGUCUAAAAACCCUUUUGUAUGAGGAACUACUUUCUUCUGCCAUUUAUUCACAUCUGCAGCUGACGUCAGAACAGCAGAAACCAUUGUUAAUUUCACCAACGUCACUUUAGAGCUAGUGUUUGAAUGAUUCUGUAGCGUAAUGUCUAAAGUGAUGACAAAACAGGGGAUUUUGCUCACAUUUUAAGAUUAUAAGGCUGAACAACAUGAAAUGCCAUCAGUCUACAGAGAUUUCCCAGUAUUUCUCUGUUGCAAUCAGGAGAUCACAAUAAUUAACCCUGAAAAAGCCAAAGCAAAGCAAACACUACCUGAUUACUGUUGUGUUUGCGAUAAGGAAAAACGCUAAACACAGUCAAGGAUUUCUUCGUUUUAUCCGAGACGCAUUAGAAACAAACAGGGUUUUACAAAGAGUGGCCAACACAAAAUACAUACAAUCCUGAUAUGUGCGUCCCAUCUCACACUCAAUACACUACAAUUACUAUGGUAUAAAUACAGCACUGCAACAUAAAAAAGAGAAAGAUCGACUUAGAAAGUCUUUUCUCCUCUAAGGGCUUAUUAUUCAGUCUCUUCGCCAUAUUGUGGAUGGACAAAGUCAACCGUCUUUGCUCUACUCAGUGACAGGCCGAUCAAUGUCAGCGCUUUGUGACUCAGAAAUUAUAAAUAUUUAAAAUAGGCACUAUCCUUAUAAAUAAACUGCAUAGAUGCAAUCUAAACAACUACAUUAUUGCCUAUAAAAUCCUCAAAAGAACAUAAUGUUGUCCAACAGCUGCAAUAUUUGUCAAACUAGUAAGUUUAUUUAACUGCUGUCACUCUAUGUGGGCGGAAUAAUGCAGAAUGGUGAAGAGGCUUUACAAGUUCUGAUAUUACAGAAUAUUCACGGCUAUCAGCCAAUCAGAUUCGAGAAUCAGACAGAACUGUCUGAUCCCCCCCACUUUCGUGCGCAAGACCUCUACACUGAAAAAAAUUAUUCAAAGAUGAUUCCUUGGAUUUACUCAAUUUUUUUUUACGUUAUAUGGUUGUAAGCAAUUUAUUUGGGCUGAAUUUAAACAAAAAAUUUAAGUUGAACAUUGCUCAAUUUAAUUUGUUUGUUUAAAUUCAACACAAAUAAAUUAUUUGCAACAGUUUUGCAUGCAACACUUUUUUUCAGUGUACAUCCUUGGGGAUCAUGCCGGAUCCAUUACCCCGAUCUGUUCCAGGAACUUGCAAUUGACAAAUUAAACUUAAUACAUUAGAUUAGUCCAUAGCAAAUCCAAAACUGGAACUAAUCUAACAAAAAAAAACUUAAAAAUGAGUAGACCAAAAUUAAUGUUAAGGGAAAAUAUUAAAUAAAAACUUAAUCAACAACAAAAAUCAGGAACAUAAAAGCAUAUGCUAUCAUUUAUUUUUUUGCAAUAACUUAAAUUAUUGUUGUAUUUCGACCAGUUCUGUGACCAAAUUCUUAUUUUAAUGAGUAUAACUGUUUAAUAAAACUACUUUGUUUGAAUGAAUCAAAUUAUAUUUGCUAUAUUCACUGAGAUAUUGAUCCAAAUAUCUUCAAAAAGAGGGUGAAAUGGCCAUUUUUGCAAUAUUUUGAAAUAUAUGUUGCAUAUAUGAUAUAUUUUACAUAUGUGAAAUCCAGAUACACACUUGUAGGUCAUAUAUAUCAUUUGCAUAUUGCCAUUUAACCGAUUACUUCAAUUCAAUUCAACUUCGAUUAAUCAAUUCGUCAAAUCAUUUAUUCCUCCUCAUGACAUUUUAAUCAUCUGUCCAGUCAUGUUAAAAAGUUUUGAUACCUUUUGACUAACAAGUUUCCAUAUGAGGAUGGGGAAAAAAAGCAACCAAAAAAGCUGAAUGACUGGCACAGACAAUAGGCACAUACUAUAUUAUCAGUAAAUUAACAUAAACAUGUUUUUAUUAUCGUUCAUUCAUUUUUCUUUGGCUUAGACCCUUAUUUAUCAGGGUUCGCCACAGCGGAAUGAACCGCCAACUAUUCCAGCAUAUUUACUAUUAUGCAGCUGAUGCCCUUCCAGCCACAACCCAAUACUGGGAAACACCCAUACAUACUCAUUCACACACACACUCAUACACUACGGCCAAUUUAGAUCAUUAAUUCACCUAUAGCGCAUGUGUUUGGAUUAAGGGGGAAACCAGAGCUCCUGGAGGAAACAAACGCAAACUCCACACAGACAUGACCCAGCCGCGACUCGAACUAGCAACCUUUUUGCUGUGAGGUGGCAGUGCUAACCACUGAGCUGCCAUGUUAUUAUAACAAAACAUCUUAUAUUUUUACACAGGGUCUACACAAGCGGGUUGGUAUGUUAAUAUAUACCUGAAAAAAAAGCAGUGAUAAUGAGUGUAUCUGCAGCCAAUCAAUGCAAAUGCUCUUUUAGCAUGUGAAAUGAUGAAUAGCACUUCAUUAAGUGUGAACGUAGCCCAAAAAAUCCAUACUUUAUAUUCCUUUUUCCUUUUUUAUAUCACUGUUUCAUCUGUUCUGACUUGUACAUGUGUCUGUGAGAAGAAAUAUGACAUGGUUGUUUUCACUGACGAGAACCAUUCAGGGAUGCACCACAUGCAGGACUUAUUUUACAGAGUUGAAUUUUAUACUUGUCAGUUAUAUUUUCUUUCGCCAGUAUGCAAGCUUAUAUAAGCGGAGACGUUGUCAGAUCAGGUCAAGAUGAUAUAUAUUUUUGUGUUCGAGAUAUUGAGUUCUCAUGAGAGUAUUUCACACUCUCACCAGAGAUCUCAAAGACUCCAUCUUUAUGUAAAAAGCAGAGGAAAAUGUCAAAAACAGAAAUAAAUUGAUAUAUUGCAA